CUGGGAGCGGAAGUGCAGCGCUCGCCGGAAGUUCCGGCACCCCGGCGGACCGAGCGGCUGACAGGCUUUGACUGCAGCCCGAGCUGCUGAGAGGACUAGGUGGCCAUGGAGUUGGGCGAGCUGCUCUACAACAAGUCUGAGUACAUCGAGACGGCAUCUGGGAACAAAGUUAGUCGCCAGUCAGUGUUGUGCGGAAGUCAGAACAUUGUUCUCAAUGGCAAGACCAUUGUGAUGAAUGACUGUAUUAUCCGAGGAGAUCUGGCAAAUGUAAGAGUUGGACGUCAUUGUGUUGUGAAAAGUCGGAGUGUCAUAAGGCCACCAUUCAAGAAAUUCAGCAAAGGGGUUGCAUUCUUCCCUUUACAUAUUGGGGACCAUGUUUUUAUUGAGGAAGAUUGUGUGGUCAACGCAGCUCAGAUUGGCUCUUACGUUCAUGUUGGCAAGAAUUGUGUGAUUGGGCGCCGGUGUGUGUUGAAAGACUGCUGCAAAAUUCUUGACAACACAGUACUACCUCCAGAAACAGUGGUCCCACCAUUCACCGUCUUCUCAGGCUGCCCAGGACUCUUCUCCGGGGAGCUUCCCGAAUGUACCCAGGAGCUGAUGAUCGAUGUCACCAAGAGCUACUACCAGAAGUUUUUGCCCUUGACUCAGGUCUAAUGUCUCUGUCUCACGUGUAGAAUUCACUUGAGCUCUAAGAUGAACUUGGGGACAUAGUGAGCCAGUCAGCAUCUACCAUGAGCUCUUAGUCUUUCACACUUUCUACCCCUUCUUAUUUGUUGUUGGGUUUUUUGUUUAAUUCUUCUGAAUUUCUCAAUCAUCCUCGGCUCUGAGCUCUUAAGACUUUAAUAAUAGACCAUCUGGAGGCGUUGUCUCCAAAAGUUCUGCUUAAACCAAACCUAUUAACACUCACUUCAUACCGUUAUCUGUGGGACACAGAGUCGUCUGUUCGUAGCACUCCCACUCUUGGUCAUGUGGAUGGCUGGCUGCUGCUGAGACCUGCUGCAGAGCAGGGCACUCUGUCCAGCAUGGCAGUCAUGAAGCCAGUGUGCUGCUUGUGGCCAUGAGUUCCCCACCAUGAGACCCACUCACAUGGUUCGCUCUCAGCUUUCCUGUUGCUAGCACAUUUGGCCAGUUGCUGCAAUUGCUCAUAAUUGUGGAGAAAAAGUGUUUGUGGGUUUUCAGGGCCCGGAUUCCUGUUGGCUACUGAAACAUGAAAGGAAGGGUAGUUAAUAUUUCUUUCCCAAAUAACCUGAACUGUCAUUUAAAAUUUUCUUAAAUUGAUUUCAAAUAGGAAGGGAGAAGAAGAGAGAGAUAGGAACAUCAAUCUUUAAUCGGCUGCCUCCUGCACGCCCCCCACGGGGAUGGAGCCCACAACCAGGCAUGUGCCCUUGACUGGAAUCGAACCCGGGACCCUUCAGUCCACAGGCCGAUGCUCUAUCCACUGAGCCACACCAGCUGGGGCCUGAACUGUCAUUUUAACCAAGGGUGACUAAGAAAAGACUUUCAAGCAUUCUAUGGCAGGGCCAUUGGCUUUCACUAGAAGGAGGACCCUCAGUACCUAGAUUUGGUUUUGCGAAGUCCCAGGUUUGAGUCUCCCAUGUGGAUGGACUGGUCAGGCAGCCACUCCUUGCCUCAGGUUAUUUGGGGACAGCAGUAUGUCUUAUUUCACUGAAGACCUGACAUUUGUGACAAUUGUUCCCUGGCCUAGAACUAUUUGACCCAUCCUGUAUUUGCUGUAAACCUUACAAUUCAGACCAAAAUACCUGUAUACACAGGAGCCUCUUAAGUCACUCUGUGGCAGACUCCCGAGCAGUCAGGGAAGUCGCCAGUGCCAUUCAUAUUGUCUUCUGGGUAAUAGUGCAACACUCCCUGGUUCUGCUCUGACCUCUUGGUUUAGAAGGAGGAUUAGAAGUGAAGGCUGGGAUGUUGGCCUUGCUUAAUGCUCUGCUUCCGUGAGGAGGCUGGGACGAUUCAGCCUUGGAGUUAAGAUCUAGCAGGAGCUGUAGAGAUUCAGUAUCCAGCUGUGGGGUUGGCAGCUGUAUGUAAUUAUCUUUACUCAUUCAAUGUAAAACUGCUUUCUGCUUUGUCUUUUUUUAUGUUUGUACAUUAAAAGAUUGACAA